GCCGCCGCCCUCCCCUCGGCCCGGCCGCCCGCCGCGUCCCCAGGGCCGCCGCCACCGCGUCCUGAAGGCUGAGCCCAGGCCGGCCGCGACGAGCGCCUAGGGCGCCGGCCGGCCGCCCCCCGCCGCGCUCCCGCCCGGCCCGCUCCCAACGGAAAGUUGCGCCGCGGCGGGCGGCGGUUUUGGAAACAGCGAGCCGACAUGAGAGAGGGUCGGCGGGGCGUCUAGGACACCGGGUGGUGGGGCCGCACGGGGGGCAACUUCUCCCCGGAGCCCACGCCGCCGGCCCCGCGCCCGCAAGCCCCCGAGCGGGCUCGCGGUGGUUCCUCCCGUUCCUCGGCCUCCUCCCACCACCCCCCGCCGAUUCGAGACGCGGACCUUGGUCCCGGAGGCUCCGUGGCGGUGACACGAGCCCGCGCGACCGCCGCCGCCGCCGCCUUCUCCACAGCCUCUGCCGGCCGCAGUCGCCACUGCCGCCGCCGCCGCCGCCGCCUUCCCCGCACCAUGGAGUUCUCUGAGAGGAAAAGAAGCAGGAAAUCUCAGAGCUUCAAACUGGUGAGCCGAGAUUAUCACCAUGAGGUUUAUAAGAUCUCAGAAUUCAGCAAUGAUGUUAACGGGGAGACCAAAGAGACACAACCCAUUUUUUUAGGAGAUGAAAGCAUGGAAAUUAAAAAACAAAUUACAGGAAUGAGAAGGUUACUGAAUGACAGCACUGGGAGGAUAUAUCAGCGUGUUGGCAAAGAAGGAGAAAAAUUAAAGGAAGAACCUCAGGAUUUGGACUUAGUCUGGCCUCAGCGUUUGAACUCCUCUAUGGAGGUCCCACAGAGCCUCCACCCCUCUUCACGUGGUGCUUGGAAUGAGCUACCGCCGCAAAGUGGGCAGUUCUCAGGGCAGUGUGGCACCCGUUCUCGAACCUUCCAGAGCCAGUCCCACACUGCUGUGAGCUCCAAUGGAGAACUUCCAGUGGUGAACUCAUCAGUCGGAACAAACUGUUGUACUUGUAACUGCCAGUCAACAUUACAGGCCAUUCUCCAGGAACUCAGGACCAUGAGGAAACUAAUGCAGAUCCAAGCAGUUGGAACUCAAAACAGACAACAACCCCCAAUUUCCCUUAUGUGCUCCCAGCGAACCGGUGUCUCACGCAAGAGAACUAAAAAGAAAAAAGUGCCACCCAAGACUCUUGAACCUCUUACUGUGAAACAGAAGCCCAGCAUGUUGGAAAUUGAGAAGUCGAUGACAGCAUUGGCCCCUGAGCAGUCUGGGCCCCAAGCCACUGAGCACACCUCCACGGAGGAGAACCGGGUCCUGGGCUUCGGCAUUGUUCUCGAAUCACCUGCCUCAGAUCCAGAAGUGCAACUUGCUGAAGGCUUUGAUGUGUUUAUGCCUAAAUCUCAGCUGGACUCUAUAUUGUCAAACUACACUCGCUCAGGAAGCCUUCUGUUUAGAAAACUGGUGUGUGCAUUUUUUGAUGACAAGACUUUGGCUAACUCCUUACCCAAUGGGAAGAGGAAAAGAGGACUCAAUGACAACCGGAAAGGACUAGACCAAAAUAUUGUGGGUGCAAUAAAAGUCUUCACAGAAAAGUACUGUACUGCUAACCAUGUGGAUAAACUUCCUGGCCCCAGGGACUGGGUACAGAUUCUCCAGGAUCAAAUUAAACUGGCCAGAAGAAGGUUAAAAAGAGGCUCAGCAGAGGUAGCUGACGGCGAUGAAAGACUGGAUGGCAUUUCUCUACCACCAACAGGUAAAUCCCAUUUUCAUUUUCAUCACCCUUAG